AUGUCUGCCCAUGGCAGCGCGGACUCGCAUGACCCCGAGGCAGCCUUGCAUCUUCCGGUCAACGGCGAAGCCAAAAAUGGCCUUCGCGCGACAUCCUCUCGCUCGCCCGAGGGGAAAUCUGCCGACACCGAGACAUACAUGAAGGAAGAACAGGAGACCAUUGGCGGAGACAUUGUCGUCAAGCAGGAGCCGGGGCAGCCGCCAAAACUCUCGCGCAGCUCGUCUCAGAAGGUCGUGGCUCGUCCGCCGCAGCUUUGGUCUCACUUGCCGGACAGCACCGCCGAUGCGCUGGCUACUUUCGAACAAAUCGAGAAUUGCUGGUAUGCCAACAAAUAUAUGGGCUACACGGAGCAUGCCAUGGAGUGUGAUUGCACUGAUGAGUGGGACAAGUUCACUGAAACGAAUCCGGCAUGUGGCGAAGACUCUGAUUGCAUCAACCGAGCGACCAAAAUUGAGUGCGUGGGCGACUGCGGUUGCGGUCAAAAUUGCCAAAAUCAGCGGUUCCAGAAGAAACAAUACGCAAAGGUAGCGGUCAUCAAAACGGAUAAGAAAGGAUUCGGACUUCGGGCGGAAACAAAUCUCGACCCCCACCAGUUGAUCUUCGAGUACGUUGGAGAGGUAAUUGGGGAGCAGCAGUUCCGGCGUCGGACGAGGCAGUACGAUGAAGAGGGCAUCAAACACUUUUACUUCAUGUCCCUGAAUAAGGGCGAAUUCGUAGAUGCGACGAGGCGAGGCAAUCUGGGUCGAUUCUGCAACCACUCCUGCAAUCCUAAUUGCUAUGUCGACAAGUGGGUGGUGGGCGAGAAGUUACGUAUGGGAAUUUUUGCGGAGCGGGCAGUUCAAGCGGGCGAAGAGCUCGUUUUUAACUACAAUGUGGAUCGAUAUGGCGCGGAUCCCCAACCCUGCUACUGUGGCGAGCCCAACUGCACGGGCUUCAUCGGCGGACGCACCCAGACUGAGCGUGCUACUAAGCUCUCGAACGCGACGAUCGAGGCUCUCGGUAUUGAUGAUUCUGAAGGCUGGGAUACUGUGGUGGCGCGUCGCCCCAAGAAGAAGAAGACCGAGGAAGACGACGAGGAAUAUGUGGACAGCGUACAGCCCAAGUCCCUGGAUGAAGAUGGCGUGACCAAGGUCAUGGCCGCUCUCAUGCAGUGCCAGGAGAAGUGGAUUGCCGUCAAGCUUCUGGGUCGAAUCCAGCGCUGUGAGGACGAACGAGUUCGAAAUCGUGUCGUGAAGAUGCACGGUUACCAAAUUCUGAAUUCCCAGCUCGCGAUGUGGAAGGAAGAUCAGAACGUGAUGCUGCAGAUAUUGGACAUCCUGGACAAGUUCCCACGACUCACGCGCAACAAGAUCAACGACUCCAAGAUUGAGUCGAAGAUCCAACCCUUGACCACCAGCGAGGAUGAAAGGGUGGCAAAGAAGGCAGUUGCCCUGCUGGAGAGCUGGGCCAACUUGGAGCUGGGAUAUCGAAUCCCCCGCAUGAAGCCGGGUGACCAGCCCAAGCAGCACAACCCCUUCGAACGUCGCGAUCCUGGACGCGAACGUCAACGCUCUGCCACCCGUUCGCCUUCUCCUACAUUCGAAGCGCCGCGGGGUCCAUCUCAACAGCGGUCUCGCAACCGCCAACCACCCAAUCAGCGGGACCGACAACAAAAUCGACGUAGUCGUCAACAACAACCUUUGCCGCCGGGAUGGUUCCCGGCAGAGGCCAAUGGCAGAACCUACUAUUAUACGGCCAAGGGUGACACCACAUGGGACCGUCCGACGGCCCCUGCAACACCCGUUGAACCUCAGGUCCCGAAGAAGAAGAAGAAGAAAAAAGAGGGUGAUUGGUGGAAGAAGCUCUCUAUUGAGAAGCAGAUGAAGGUCUAUGAGAAUACUUUAUUCCCUCACAUCAAGUCGGUCAGUGACCAAUACAGGCACAAAAUCCCGAAGGACCAUCUCAAACGGUUCGCCAAAGACACAUCCAAAAAACUCGUCGAAGGCGACUACAAGAAGAACCGUGUCACCGAUCCCACUGCCCCCAUCAGCGAGAAACACCAACAUACGGUGAAGAGCUACUGCAAAUCCUUCUUCGACAAGGCUGCCGCUAAGCAAAAGGAACGCGAAAAGCAAAAGGCUGCAAAGCAGGCGUCCAAGACAAACGGCAACCAAGCCAACCCGCCCGAAGACGUCAAAAUGUCCGACGAUGAAGUCGAGACUGAGCCCACCUCGACCUUACUGGAUGAGGAUGCAACUCUUAAACGCAAACGUGAAGAAGAACAACUCCACCCCUCGGGCGAUGGUUCCAACUCCCCAAUGAAGCGACAAAAGUCCACCCCUCCGCCUCCGCCACCACCACCACCGGACUCCGGCGAGCCCGAGCCCAGAGAAAUAGAGGCAGACGAUCCCACCCCUCCCCCUGCACCCCCUCCCCCCGGAAUCACCCAGCUACGCGAACAUGAAGCCGGAAGAGUCCUCACAACCCCAGUCGCAAUCUCAGAUGGAGAUUGA